AAAGUAAACAUCAACCUAACCACAACAUACUAAUACACCAACCAUCCCAGCUGAAUAAUCAUCAACAAUUAACGACAAGAAGAAACAAGAGCAAAAGUCUCAUCCAAGUGAAGAAGAAAUUGUUUCAUCGCUGCAUCACUGGAAAAUAUAAUUUAUCAUGUCUAAACGUGUCACAUUGGAUGAAAAACGUACACGUAUGCUCCAGAUAUUUCACGAGAAGCAAGAAUUUUUUACACUCAAAGAGAUUGAGAAAAUUGCUUCACAGGAGAAGGGAAUUGUCAUCCAGAGUGUCAAAGAUGUGCUACAGGCACUGGUGGACGAUGGAAUCGUUAAUUCUGACAAGAUUGGAUCUGCUAUUUAUUUCUGGGCAUUUCCAGGAGAGAAAAUUAUCGCUGUUGAACAACGGAUUGCAGAGUCUAAUAAAGCAAUUGUGGCCGGAGAAUUUAAAUUGCAGAAACUCAAUGCAGAGAUUGAAAAAAUCGGGGUGAACAAGGAAGAAAAUGAGCAACGAGAGACGAUUAUCCAAGAGCUCCAGCAGUUGAAGCGAAAAGAAAUUGAAUUAAUAAAGCAAAUUGGAAAUUUCAGUGAUUCCGAUCCUGAAGUUGUUGAGAAAAUCGUAGAACGAGCGAAGCAAUACAAGGAAGCAGCCAACGUAUGGACAGACAAUAUAUUUUCAAUCCAGAGCUGGUGCAAAAAUAAAUUCGAUAUUUCAAAUGACACCCUCAACAAACAAUUCCGCAUUCCAGAGGAUUUGGAAUACGUGGAGUGAAAUAUCCUGUACUCACCACUCAACUAAAAUUCCCUUCGUAACAUUCACCAUUCCCAUAAUAAUUAUUAUGCGAUAAACAUAUGGGAAUUAUUAUUUAUUUUCAGGGGCAGAUAAUUUGUUAUGGAUUAAUUGAUAUAGGUUAAGUUACUGUAUGUAUAUAUGUAUCUGUGCUGUAUUUAAAUUCAAUUUAAUUCGUCAUCACUAGAUGGCGACUUGUUCUGCCCAGCCAGAAAUAUUGAGAACUGAAAAAACUUUGCAAACAAAUAAAUUUUCGUUUCUACUUUCAUAAA